CCAAAUCAUUGAGACUCGCAGGGACGGAUAUUCAACAUGGUGCCUAUUAGGGUUUUACUUCUGUUCGCAAUACCACUAAUUGGUAUCAUUCUGCAAAAAUCAUCCAGCAAGAGCAUAGACAAAAGUGAUCAUCAUGUCGAAAGUUCCUCACUCGAAGGAGAGAACGAGCUAAUUAGAACCAAGCGAGACGUUGACAGUACUAUUACAGAAGACAUGGCAGAAUAUGAACGUGCAAUGGGCGAUUCAGCGCUAACAAAUGAAGAUGUAGAUGAAACAGAAGAAAUAGAAAAACGAGGUCGACGUAGGCGAAGGGGAGGUCGCAGGAGGUCAAGACGCAGGAGGUCAGGUCGUAGGAGGUCAGGUCGUAGGAGGUCGGGUCGCAGAGGGUCAGGUCGAAAAGGCUCCAGAAAAGGGGGAUCCGGUGGUGGUGGUGGCAUGGGAGCAUUAGAUGCUUUUAAUAGUGGAUUGGGUGUCCUUGACUCCGGUUUAGGUUUGGCACAGACUGUGAACGAUAUGAAUCAGGGCAAUGACAACAAUGAAGAAGAUUAUUAGGAGGAAAAUGCCUGUAUGAUAAAUUAUACAAAAUAAACCAAUAAUUCAUAGUUUA